CGUUAUUUCGGAAUAAUUAAUAAAAAAUAAUUAGUAUUUAAAUAGAAAACGUCAGUAUAAAAUUUCGCAGUGUAAUUUUGUUUGCUAAACAUAAUAUAACAUCGCGACGUACCUAUUUGUUUAUGCAAAGGAACUAGGAAGUGAAAAUGUCAUUUUUACACGACCGUGACUUUUCUGCACUGCCAUCGAUACCGGAGUACUUCAAGGGGAAGACGGUGUUCCUUACUGGUGGCUCAGGCUUCAUUGGAAAAGUCUUGAUUGAAAAACUCCUGCGAUGUUGCCCUGACAUUGAUGCAAUUUAUGUCCUGAUGAGAGGCAAAGGAGAUUCGUCGCCAGAGAAAAGAAAAGAAGAAAUUUAUAAGCUAGAGUGUUUCGACGUGCUGCGUGUUAAAAAGCCUGGCAUAUUCGAAUCAAAAGUAUUCAUUAUUCCGGGGGAUGUCACGGAAUAUAAUUUAGGUAUGUCGGACGAUGACUAUGCGCUUGUAGUCAACAAGACAAACAUAUUUGUUCACUCGGCUGCAAGUGUCAGAUUUAACGACAAUUUAAAAAUAGCAGCAAAACUCAAUCUACUGGGGACCAAACAUGCUUUAGAUUUGGCUAAAGAAAUGCGCAAUUUGGAGAGCUUCAUUCACGUUUCUACAGCUUAUUCGAAUAAAAUUCAAAAUCCUUUGCAAGAGACACUGUACCCACCGGUAUUGGAUUGGAGGGAGUUGUUGGAAAUGUGCCAGCUGGACGACCACACGAUACAAGUUUUAACUCCUAAAAUCAUAGAUGAGCUACCCAACACGUACGUGAUCACGAAGCAUUGCGCCGAGCAAAUGGUGUACGAGGAACGAGGGAAUCUGCCCAUAGUCAUCGCCAGACCAUCUAUUGUGAUAAAUAGUGUGAAAGAGCCCGUUCCUGGCUGGAAUGACAACUUUAAUGGUCCUGUAGGAAUCAUUGUGGCGUUAGCAACAGGACUAUCAAGUAUUCUAUACGUGGAUCCAGAAGUAAGAAGUGACUAUGCCCCCGUAGACUUGGUAACCAGGGCCAUCAUCAGCGUAGCAUGGGCUAGAGGUACCAAGAAAUUCGAGCCCAGCGAUGAUAUACCGAUAUACAACAUGUGUGGCGGUGGCUACUUCAACCUGACUCCUGUGGAUCUGUACGAGCAUUCGAAACAGCCACUCGUGGAAAUGCCCCUUGCGGAUGUGAUACUGCCUCCAUCCUUCAAGUUCACUAAUUCUAAACUUGUGUUUACAUUUGAGGUACUUUGGUCACGGCUCUUUCUAUAUGCACUAAUUGAUUACAUAUUUGUAUUGGCUUCAAAAAAACCCAGGUUGCUCAAGCUGCUCCGUCGCCUUUACAUGGCUUGCAUAUCCCUCGAGAAGUUCUCCUGCAAGAACUGGUCCUUCAGAAUUGACAACGUGAGGGAGCUGAGCUCGAAGCUGAAGCCGGAAGACGUGGACGAGUUCAAGUACGCCAUAGAGAACAUAGACCUGGACAAAUACAUGCAUACCAGCGUCUACGGCGCCAGAAAAUACGUGAUCAGGCAGAGAACUGACAACUCGGAGGAGUUGCGGACGAAACAAUUUAGGUUAAAAAUUUUCGUAAUGGGUUUGAAGAUGGUUUUGUUCGCCUUCCUUAUGUGGUUCGUUAUUACCUCGAAUACAACUCAGAAGUUUUUGUCGAAGAUCAGCGACGAAUUGCUCGUGUUUGUAUGAUCAUAGUGUUCAAA